CCUCGCGGGUGAUAAUAACCACAGUCAUCCUGCCAACUAUCCUUGUAGCCACGUCAGAUUUUAAAAAAAAGUUUUCCUGGGCCUAGACUGGGUUGAUGGGGCUGCUACCAUCUCCGUGCAACCUGCAGACUGGCACCUACACUCAGUGAGAGCCUUGACACGGGCCUCAGCACUCUUGAAGAGUGAAGACACUCGCCUCAGGAAUGUAACUUGAGUGGAAGAUAGUGGUCUCCUGUAUACGGAUAACUUUUGUAUGCUUAUAUGCACUGUGAGCUGCCAUUUUAGGCUGCUGCUAAACUGCUUGAGUUGCCUAGACUUUCCUGUAUACCAAUGUUUGUUGAGGAGAGUGGGGAGGAAAGACUUGGAAAGUGAAGGUUGGAUCCUGUGUAUCAUUAUCGUCCCAACACUGGCAGCUCCUCCACAAAGAGCCCCCUCCAGAAAUAACCAAAAGAACGAUUCGGAAAGUUUGAAGUUUGAAAAACCAAACUCCACAGCAGAUUACCAAGAGCAACCAUCAGACAGUUUGCAUGAGAAAUUAACUGAGAGAGAUGAGGAAUUUUCAAAACUAACAGAAGAUGUGGAUAGUGACUCUAUUCAGGAAAAAGCACCAAAGAUUGACCUAGAUAAAGAAAAGUCUCAAAUGGAAGGAGAUGAUUCAAAUCAGAAUGACAAUAUUCAAAAAGAAGUAGAUCAGGAAAAAGUUGAUAAAGGGGAUAAUGCAAAUGAGGCAGGAUCUGUAAUAGAAAGUCCUUUGGAUUCUAGUGAGAAAGAAGGGGCCCCUUGGAUGGGAAAACCCCAACUUAUGUAG